AUGUUGGGAAGAAUAGAAGGGGAUAUAUGUUCAGAAGAUUUAGGUCCAUGUGGGAACGAUUGCGCUGCAAGAUGCUCGCUGGGGCAUGGCGGGGGUAAAGGGUCAUGUGACAUCUCUUCCGGCACUCCAACAUGUAUGUGCUACUACGACUGCGCUGCGCCGCCACCAAAAAUUAAAACCUGCGAAGUGGCCCUCGACAUUGGUACUUCUGGCUGUGAUAACAAGGAUUGUAACGCAAGAUGUGCUGCAAAAUUCCCUAGUCCUCAGGAUGGUUAUGGAUUUUGCUACAGUCUUCCUCCUUAUAUUUCUUGCCAUUGCCGCUAUAAGUGCACCGAUUAUGGUCGUCGUUGA